AAACGCUUGCUUUCCAGUUCAUGUCGAUGAUUACUCGAAUAAAAAAAUGGAACCUUUACCAGCCUCCUAUUAUGGAGCCUUGGAUAAAUCUAACCCUGUCAUUUCCGCCUUUGAGAAGGAUUUAAAAGAGUUUAAAUCGUACAUGAAAAGAAUUCGUGAGGCUCUAACCUUCGACCACUUCUCUUACUCAAGAGGGUCUUUGAAACUUUUUGACAUCUGGAAGAAAUAUGAACCUCGUCUCCCGAGCUCUUAUUACAAGGAACAUCUGCUGGACAUCGCAGAUUUUCUUUUCGAGAAUAAAUUUUACAGAUUGGCACUGUGGCAAGGAUACACACGCUACCUACACCGGUUCUCCCCUGCUAGCUUGGAGAACAUCAGAGAUCUGGAGGAGUUCAAGCACACCUUCUUCUCACAUGGCUUUCAUAUUGCAGAAGCAAAACUUACGCUCCGUGCUCUGUAUGGGGAAUGCUUGUGUGCUUAUUACUUGGAACGUGAGAGGUGCAGGCAGCCAGAUUGCAUCGGGAUGCAGAAACUGUGCAAGAUUCUUGCAUUUUUGCGCAUCAUGAUGCAGGCCAUCCUGCCCCAUGAGAGCCUGUGCUGGUUGUUGUACAAUGGUUCUUUGUACAUCUACAAAAUAUGUCGGUUCUUGAUGUCCACAAGUCACUCUGCACAGGCUCUGGAGUAUUUACUGUGGGCAUGUGUGUGCCUGGAGACAUCCAUCCCAUUGCUAACUCCUAAUUUCCUGUCAUGGAGAGCCACACUGUACUGUAGUGUUUGUGAAUGUUACUUUGUUGGCCAGGCUGCUGUGCAGGCAGAGGUUUUUGCUAGACGAGCUCUUACUAAAAUAGAUGAACUAGGGAAGCUGGAGAAGUUGAGCGGAUUCCCAUCCUCACCAGAGACAAAGCGAGCCUUCAAAGAAGCCACCAUUAAAGUUGCUGUCAUGGUGUUUAAACGCUCAGUGUAUGAAUCUCGGAGGAAACCUAAAGGAUUUUUCAGGCUGAAACAGAAGAGCAAUCUAAAGGAUGGCCAGAAUAAUCCAUGGCCACGUACAACAACCGAGCGCAUCCUGAUGGAGCUGUUUGACGGAAAUGCUGCUCAGUUCCUGGCAGUGUUGGAGGCUCUGAGGGACAGUUCCCGCAGACCUCUGCAGACUGGCAUACCGGAUGACCCUGAUAUACAGGAGGUGGCAGUCGAGCUCAUGUCAGCCGGCAUCAGCAUACUAUCCGGAAAUGGUGGAUCCUUCCUUCGAGUUGGCAAUGACAGCCUGCCUUUGUCUUUGAAUGCCCUCACUCCUACUUGCACCCUAAUGGAGAUGGCAAUAGCUGGGGAGAAUCUGAUUUCAGUGGAUGCAGCAGUGAAGUUUGUGAAGCUCCUGUUUAGAUAUGAGCAGUGGGAUGUGUUCUGCAGCCUUUCAAACAACCUUGUGGCAGUACUGUCUAGCCUGGAGGGCAGUCUCUUCCGGAAGUCUGAGUUGGAGCUUACUCUGUUGGAGGCUGUGGAGCGUCUCAUUUCCUCACAGAGGGUUCGGCUGGGGACCAAAGACCUCAUGGCUGAGAUUCAAACUGAUAAUGACCAAUCUUCAGUGCCAAUUAGCAUGACAGAUGAGCUCCUAAAUCUGGUCCAGACUCUGCAUGUAUGUGUGUGUGAAGCAGCCCAGGACAUCAGAGCGGAUGAGGACCUGGUGCUGGAUAUUUUACUGUUUCUCUGGGCGAAAUGUAAGCUUGUGUUUCAGAGAGCUCAGGCCAGACACAAUGACCCAGUGUGCUACAUGGCCAAAAUGGCCUUUCCCGACAAGUGGGUCCAGACUCUGUUCCUCCUGUGUGAGGUGGCCUAUAUGUGUCAGCUGGCUGAUAUAGACCCAGUGGCAGUGGCUGAGAUGACUUUAAGACUGGCCUCAGUGCUGGAAGGCGGUGUAGAGGUACUUUCACUGACCAUCCCAACAAAAGAUUCAAUCAAUGGCAGCAGUCUGCGGUCCACCCCUGUGGAGAAACCUACAGCUACACCUAUUAACUCACAAGCAGAACAUUUUGAGAUGGUUUGGACUGUGCUGGAGAAAGGCCUGGAGUGUGUAUCAAGAGGCAGGACUGUAUGUCUCCUUCAUGAUCUUUCUGCCAUCUCUGACACUGUAUACCUCCAGAUGUUUAGUGGAGAACAUUUGAGAUCUUCUGGGCAUGGACAGUUUGAGAGCACUAGCAGUUCAUGCACAAGAUCUCUCUCAAUGGAUAUGCAUAUGGAAUUACUGGCUUUCCAGCACAGGAUAUCCCUCAAACUCCUAGAUAUCUACCCAGAUGAUGAGAAUCCUGAGGGGAGAAAGAGGCUAGGUAUGCAGAGUGCACAAGGACCGUCUACUGUGGUACAGGCAAAGAGGGCCAAAGCAGAAUGUACACUGCAAGAGAAGAUUAAGAAGAAUAAAGUCUCCAGAGUUUUGUUUCUGGUUCAGAAGGCCUUACUUUCAUACAAGAAAGAUGCUUCUAACAGAGAAACCACAAAGCUGCUUGAGGAGGCUUUGGCAUUACUGGAGAAAGCAGGUGUUGAGGAGAAGAGGCUGCUUAGUGAUGCUACUUCUGCAGAGAUGGAAUCAGGAGUAGAAGAGAGGUAUAGACCUCCUCCACCUCCUGUGCUGCUAUCACGUAGCAACCAAGCUUUAACCUUCACACCAGGACCAUAUGUGCAGGAGGAGCAGGUUUGCUGGUACCGUAUUUAUGGUAGAGAAGUUGAAGGUGUCAACCUGAAAGUGAGGAUUGGAGACUGCCACCUGGCUGGCACUGGUGAAAUGAUUCCAUCUAGAGGAGAACGCUUGUUUUGCGUAAGUGGCCUGGAGCCCAACCAGAAGUAUAUCUUUGCUGUGGCAGCCUACGAUGCUCAGGGCAACCUGAUUGGUGGCAGUAUUGGAGAUACCACCAGGCCUGUGCUAGCCUCUCUCCCCCUGCCUCUGUUGACAGCCUGGGCACAUCUGGCUCAGGUGGCCUACCAAACAGGCCAGUAUGCACUAGCCAAGAAAGCCUGCAGUGAGAUUUGGAGCCACUUUACCCUUCCGUCAGUUGCAGAUUCUGGAUCCUGUCAGGAAGCAGUGGAUGAGAAAGCUCCUCAGAGGCUUGCCCAGACAAAAUUGUGCCCAGAGACAUUGCAGCUCUCUUCUCCAAUACUACAACAGCUUUUCCUCACCUCGAUCUUUAUGCAAACUGACAUCCACAUCCAGGAGAGAGCACUGUACUGUGACUCCCUCGGUGAUGGAAGCCCAUUGAUCUGGGGACAGGAGGAUAGACUUGCAGAGUGUGAGAGGAUGCUUGUGGCCAUAGAUCUGUCUCUUCAUCUCAAUGACAUCAGUGCUGCCUUACAGGCUGUAGUCAGCUGCUAUGGCCUCCUGGCACCUCUUAUCUUCUAUCAGAUCCCAUCAGACCCUGUGGUUCAGGUGCUAUUGAAGUGUCUGAUGGUACUACAGGAGAUUCCAUCUGCACUUAAACAAAAAAGGCCUGUUGCUACUGCUGAAUCACUAUAUCAUAUGGUGACCUGCAUUACGCACUAUGUAGCCAAGGGCUUGCAAGCCUUGAAAAAGGAAAGUAUGGCAUCUUCAGUGAUGGAACAAGGCAAGCAGCUCCUAAUGGAGAUGAGUGAGAGUCUACAGCAGAAUGACAAGAGACAGAAACCCCACAAGAAGGCAGUGGCUGAACAGGAGGACGAACUUAGUGAGGAGCUGAAGGCUUUGACAUGUAUUGCUUUGAAGCAGCAGGAGAAAAUGGGAGCACUAAAUGAGAACAGAGAAGCAGCAGACAGUUUUGAUCAUGACCUGAGUGGAGAAGAGGAUCCCAAAAUUCUGUACAAUGUCAUUGGUUCCAGCCCCCUCAGGAAUGCCUUCAGAAAUGUGAUGAAGUUUAAACGGAUGUCUAGCUUCAUGGAGUUUGUUGCACUAGUUCUGGAGAAAGCUUUGCAAGAGGAUCAGUUGGAACUGCUAAUACAGUGGGGCCAAGAAAUCUUCAGGUGGAUUAAGAGCCGAGAUGAAAGUAUGAUUUUGCCAAAGAAGGAUGACAAGAAAUCGAGGAAAGAUCAGAAGAAGUUCACAACGUCUAUCAUACAGUAUUGUAAUAAAAUAAACAAAGUUUAUAAAAAGAAGAAUGAGCUGCAGAAGAAAUCAGUUUGCAGCUCAGAAAACUCUGAGAAAGAGUUCAAGGCAGUGGAGACAAUGAUGAAACAGGUGGGUUCAGUGAGAAGCCACCAACGGCAGAGGAUGAUGAGGCAGGUCCACUCAGAUGAGUUUCCAUGGCGAUGUCGUGCCAACCUGACGCUGGCUCAAGCACACCUGGGUCUGCUGAGAAAGUACUUACAACUAAACCCUGUUACACCUCGACAACACUGUUACAGCAAGCUGUCUCUACGCUUCUUCUCCUUGGCACAUACUGGAUCACUGGUGAAAUGGAAAAACAUUUCUCAACACACCAAGCAUCCUGAGUUGAGCUCUUCAAUCCACAAACCCACCAUUCACAAAGCCAGUCAGGGAGCACCAAACAACAGUGGAGAAGGGUCUGGGGAAAGUGAAGUGGAGAGUGAGCUGGACACUCCACGAACACAACUGACCAGUGGUUCAGAAAGCAGUGAAACAACUGAAACAUGCCUCAAUAUUUUUAAGCCACUGGACACAAUCUACAAGGCCUCACUACACCUCAGGAGAGCUAUGGUUUUGGCUUAUCGUGGAAGACUUUGGACAUCUCUUCAGUGGGUGUGUGAGGUCCUGUGGGAUCAGUUUAGCAUCAUUGCAUUUCUGGUGGAGUGUAGCCAGAGCUCUGAAAAUCCCAGCACAUUGACGCUGGAUCAGUUCUACACAGUGUUCACACCCCUGCUAGCACUGGCUUCAGAGCUGCUCAUGGACAUGAUGGAGAAAUUACAGCAAUGGAAGGUGUAUGAUGAGGAAGCUGAAGAGCCGGAGACCAGGCCUCUGAAUAGUGGAGUACAGGUAGAUGUGAAAUGGAUGAAGAAUUUGGUGUUGCACACACUGGAGCUCCUCUUCUACCAGACCAAAUGGGAAACACUUGCUCAUCUUGCCUUGCUAUACAACUUUUAUACCAGGGAACACUACAGUCAUGUCAUUACCCCUGUACUGGUAUAUGCUCAGAGAAGACUGCUAGAAAGAAUAAGCUACUUUGGAGGCCCUUCAGUCCCUCAGCCACAUUUCACCUACACAGAGAUGGUCAAUGGAGAAAAGGUGACCUGUAGAAACUAUGCAGGCAAGCAGCUGCUCUUAUGUUCCAGUGUAGAGAGUUGGCAUGAAAGUACUGCAAGUAGUACUGCCUCAGAACCUCUGGAGAUGGCAGAAAGGAGAAGAGCCAUGUGUGUAGUCUCUGUACCGCUUGACAUUGAUGACACAUUGCGCUGCUUCAGAGAGUCCCAGGCCAAGAGGCAACACACAGUUCGCACCUUCCAGCACAGUCACACACUGCUCAUGCUUCUGCUAGCUAACACACAGCACUCAAUAGAGGUGCCAUUCUGUCAGGAGUCCUUCCAUGGCUCACAGGGCAAAGUGGAGUUUAACAUAGCAGCCAACACUGUGCCAUCCAUCGGUCCUCCAGAUCUGUCCAAUGAAGACUACAGCUCUGUGGGUUCUGUGUACAGCACACCCCUGUCUUCCUUGCACAUCCAGGCCGUCUUGUCCUCCUAUAACAGCUCUAUCAAAUACCUUCAGGCAAAUAAUUAUAACUCACUGCAAGUUCAAGCUCUGCAUGACCUUGGGAACCUGCAUUUCUACAGUGGAAAUCUAAAGGCUGCUCAUACACAUUGGAGCAAGGCUCUGGACUGUUCCCUGCAGACCACAAAUGUUCUAGUAUGCUGGGAUGGUGAUUCAUGGAGCCAUAACUCCUCUCAACAGCCCCUGAGGCAUGCUGGGAUAUGGGGCUGUCUCCAGGGUGCAUUGUUGUCUGCUAAGAUUGCUCAGUAUAUCUUAACAUCUAACAUAAGCCAACGAACAAAUUGCUGCCUUCUCUCGGCUAAGCUCUUUAAGUGUCUGUUAAAGGCGUCCCUGCCUCAUCCUGAUAAUGAUUUAGAAUACUCUUCAUACACACUGAAUAUGGAGCUCAUACCUGGGGUGAAGGUCUUCUCAGAGUUGAACCAGACUCUCAUCGGCAGCACUGUGGCCAGCCUGGGCUUUGUGUGUCACUGGCUCUACACCUCAGGACAUCACCUCCCAGCACUUCCUCUUCUGGUUCUCUACCAGUAUGUAGCCAGUAAAGUGUGUUGGCACCCACAUCUCACUGCAGGAUGCAGAAUACUGAAGGUAAAGAUGUUGACUGAGCUGCGCCUUUUUGCUGAGGCAGUGAAAGAGAUACACAGUCUCAGUGAUGGAGAAGAUGUCCCCCCGCCUCACAGCAGUUUCGCUAAAGCAGUGAAAAUUCCGACAUGGAAGAAGUUCAGUAAUUAUAAACCUCUCACAGAUCCUUGUAAUCUAGAGGUUCUAGAGGAGCUAGUGAACAAAAGACUCAGUAAAGACAUUGCGGCUUUGUAUGGCACCAAACUGACCUGCCAACUCCAUCUGGCUAGACUUCAACUCAUCUUGGCAAUGUGUAGUACGAUUUAUGAACUACCUGAGCCAUUUUCAGACCUUUUGGAGAAACAGGUGAGGAGCUCCAGUAGUUCCAGCUUGUGCAACUCCACCAGUGACAGCUCUCCCAGCAGCCCCUCCAUGAAGAGUGUAGAACCCAAAGGCCUGCAACUUCAGCUCCAAAAUGGCAUACUUACUCCAGGACAAGUCAAGGCUCUGCUACUGAAAGAGAUCUUCAACCAGCUAAACUCUGAGCUGUUUUGCCUUCAGCGCAUCUAUACAGACCCUGAGGAGCUGGAGCUGGCUGUGGAGAUCAGACUGCUGCUGUCCAAUCUCACCCUGCAGCAAGGCAAAGCUGCCUUAAGUGCGGAUCAGGCAGCGUCUGCUCUCAGAUUACUGCAGGACUCUCCAUUGCUCCAGAGUGACAGUAUCAAACAACCGCCCCCCAGACGCCCAUCUUCUGUGCUUAAGCAGUCCAGUACUAGAGCUGAGCCUGAGCAGCUGUAUGAGCCUGAGGCAGAUACUGGACCUCAGCUAGGGGACAUGCCUGCUACAGUGGAAGCUUUAGAGCGCAUGGGUCACUCACUAUGGCUCCGCUGCACACUGGCUGUCGUCCAGGGCCUCACUGCUCACAUCCCUGGCACUGUCAUUUACCCAGGUGUGGACAGCAGUGUGGAGGUGGACAGGUUGAUAAAACAAGGCCUAGCUGAUGCUGAGGCCUGGGGAGACCCAGACACUCAGGCCCUGUUGCUCCUACAGGGGGUCACGCUGAACACACACUGUGGUAGAGCGCUAGAGGAGAGCGCCUCCAUGCUGCAGGAGGCAGUAAGUCUGCUGUCUGGCCGAAGUACCCUUUCUCUGCAGUCUGGUCUGUCCCUUGCUAAGGCCACUCUUCUGCUGAGUGAACUGAGGGGCUCAGAUGGGCAACCGCUUUACUUGCUCACUCAGAAACUCCUGCAGCAGCAGCUAAAGGCAUUGGGGGAGUGUGUUAUGAAGAAGGCAGUGGGAGGAUUGGAGAUGCUCUCUACUCCAGCAUGGAGGAACAUUUACCACCCACAGCUCCCUCUACUGGCCUGGACAACUAUGCGCUUGGGUCAGUGUUUGGCCCUGCAGGCAAUGGUGAGCUCAUCAGAAGAGAAUGAACAACACUUGAACCUGUGGUUAUCGGCUCAGGAGGAGCUCCAUUCUGCAUUCAUCUUCUCACAAGGGUCGGCUAGCAGAGACCCCCAGCUGGAGGCUGAUAUCCUGUAUUUUAAAGGAAUUGUGGGUAGGAUCCUGAUGUCACUGGGCACACUCAGACACCAGACAGUGGUAGAAACUUUCCUGGAGAGCAUCACAUUGGCUCAUUCUCACAGCCACAGUCUGCAGUUAAUCCACAGGUGCUAUAUGGAGAUGGCUCUAAUAUACCUGCAGCAGUGGCAAAAUACCACCAGUGACCUCACAGAACCUCCACCACCUCCGGAAACUACUGAAUCUGGCGAGCACUCAAGAUGCAUUACUGUGGCACAGAGUCACUUACUUCUUUUCUGGGUUUGUCUGAGAGCUGCUGCAAGGACAAUGGAGGUGCUCACAAACCAUGGGCAGAUGUGUGGCAUCACUACAGCAGCAGAACGUCCACUUCCUCUUAGAUCUCUCAAAGCUCUUGCUGAUUUUGUCUCUAAUGAUCUGCUCAGUCCAUGUGGUGAGAUGCAGGAGUCCAUUUUAGUUCAUCCCAGUUCUGAUCCAGAUAUAGACAAUGGGCUGAAAGUCAAGAGAUGCUCUGGGAUCACAUGGGAGCACCUCUACCGCUACUAUACACACCUGCUCAAUCUGAGACACAUCUCCAGACAGCCAAUGGCAGGGCAGAGUGUAGAGGAGUUUAUAUCUCCAGCUGGUGACUCGAAUUUAACUCUCAGACUCACUCAGUUACACACCUUCUUCAGUGAUCACCUACCAACUUACAAGGAGCAGUGUGUUAUACCUGAUCCUCCAUCUGCCCUCAUUCUGGAGCCUCAGACUAUACAGCAGACAGUGUCAGACCUGUAUCCAUGGGCCACACUGAACACACACCAGCUCUGCGUUCAGUGGCAUCGUCCCACGUUGGCAAGCAAUGGACUACCACCCAAAACGAUAAUGCUGGUGUUUGCGCUGAACAAAGCACCAAUGUCUGAUACACAGCUCAGCAUGCUGGCUGCUGUUGACAUAGAGUCUGGACACAGACUUAUCUCUAUAGACCGUUUGAAAGCUCUCCAUGUCCAGCUGAUCUCUGUGUGUGUGGAGGCUGAGGUGGAUUUGAGUGUGUCUGCCUCUUCUUCACCCAGCAUGACCUCCUCUGUUAGCUGCAUACAGGAGAGUGAACGUGGCAACAGAAGCCCUGUUAAAACCGGCACCAGCACACAGCAACAGAUGCUGCUAGAGAAAACCAGGCAUAUCUGUACUGAGAUAAGAAAUCUGCUGAAGCCUGAUUUAAAAACUAAUCCUAUUACAAAGGUACCCUUUGAGCCAAGUGUUCAGCUCUUUUGUGACCUGGAGCGCUGCUUUAACCCUGCAUCAGGAGCCACUUUGGAGGACCGAGCACUAGUUGACUGGCUCUUGCCUCUUCUCACCUGACACCACAACAACUCAAAGACUCCAAAGAGGCAGCUGUCUUAAAGAAAUACUCCAGUGUGAAACUACGCUCUAUCUUUUGGAUCAGUAGCUUAUGUGUGAUUAUCAAUGUUCUUCAAAAUUCCCAACACUGAAGAAAAAAACAGGAAUCCCAGUUUACUCAAAACUCUGUAAAGAAUUUAUACAUGUUUGGGAAACAAAAAAAAAAAUUGUUAGGAAUCCAUAUAGUUAAAAAAUCUGGAGUAUUGCUUUAUA